GCGGGCUUAAGCUCGCCCGUCGCGCGAGGCGCGACGCGCGACGCGCUGCAGCUUAGCGACGUCGCUUCUCACCCUCGCUUCCGAACUAAGCUUUCGCGGGACCAACUCGACUGUACCACCACCACCCGCACGGCGGCCCGCUGGUGGUAGGAAGAAUCAGGACCCUAUCCGGCCGCCGUAGCCGCCUCUCUGUAGUGGGCGGGGCCUAGGUCGGGGUGACCCCGCCAGAGCCGCCGUUGCCAGCGACAUGUUCAAGGUAAUCCAGAGGUCCGUGGGGCCAGCCAGUCUGAGUCUGCUCACCUUCAAAGUCUAUGCAUCACAGAAAAAGGACUCAACUCAAAAAGCUUCUGUGAACAUUAGUGAGCUUUCACUCUACUCUGUUCCCGAAGUUCAGUCUAAAUAUGUGGAGGAGCCAAGGACUCAACUUGAAGAGAGCAUCUCACAUCUCCGACAGUAUUGCAAGCCAUAUACAAGUUGGUGUCAGGAAAUGUAUUCCCAAACUGAGCCCAAGAUGCAAAGUUUGGUUCAGUGGGGGUUAGACAGCUAUGAAUUUCUCCAAAAUGCUCCUCCUGGUUUUUUUCCAAGACUUGGCGUUAUUGGUUUUGCUGGCAUUGUUGGACUCCUUUUGGCUAGAGGUUCAAAAAUAAAGAAGCUGGUGUAUCCACCUGGUUUCAUGGGAUUAGCUGCCUCGCUUUAUUAUCCACAACAAGCCAUCGUAUUUGUCCAGGUCAGUGGGGAGAAAUUAUAUGACUGGGGUUUACGAGGAUACAUAGUUGUAGAAGAUUUGUGGAAAGAGAACUUUCAAAAGCCAGGAAAUGUGAAGAAUUCAUCUGGAAAUAAGUAGAAUACUCCAGGUUCAGCCCAUUUUAAUCAGUUAUAGGUAAACAUUGGAAACUCCAUACAAUAAACCAGUGUUUCUACAGAAAAAUGGAAGAGAUGUCAUUAUUGAAUGUAGUAAACAGGCUUUUUUCUUCAGGAAAAACUACACUAGGCCUCAGUGUUACCUUGGGUGAUGUCAUACUACAAAGGGACUAACCUGAAAUCUUUUCACCUCCAGAUAAUGUACAUGCCUUUGAACUUAUUGUUCUCAUGUUGCUAUUUAUGUACAUAAUUAAAAUUCCAAGUUAAAAAAGUU